GAACUGUUUUCUUUCUCCCUUCUUCCUUCCUUCUUCUUCUCCUUCAUUCUGUCCUACACUCGAGCAUCAAUCUAUUUUACCCUUGCCUACCUCGAAUCAAUCCCUGUCCUCAACCCAUUGACAAUCACUAACCCCCUCGACCAACUGUUACAAUCCGUUGAUUCAAAAGCCUUUCCAGCAUAACAGCGGAUUGAGUACGCAAGAUGACGUCGCAGCUCGAGAAUCCCAAGGAGUACCAGAAGAUCUUCCACUGGGCGGAAACGCAGAAGGAUGGUGUAGUACCAUCUUUUGCCACGAGGAAGAACGAUCCUUAUGAAUAUCAGUGUGGCUUUGGCAAUAGUUUCGAAUCCGAGGCUGUACCUGGCACAAUUCCCAGGGGCCAGAACAGUCCCAGAUGCGUGAGAUUCGGACUGUAUGCGGAGCAGAUGACUGCUACUGCAUUCGUGGCGCCGAGGCAUUUGAACAAAAAGGCAUGGCUGUACAGAGCUCGCCCAGCAGUAGCCCACCAAGGAUUUACCGACCUGCCCGAGAAUCCCGACACUGAGUCCAACUUCCUCCCAGUGAACCCCCGCGUCCACGUUUCCCCCACGCAGCUCGCCUGGUUCCCUUUUGAAAUUCCCAAGGAUGGCGAAGUCGACUUUAUCAGCGGUCUGAAGACCAUCGCUGGUUCCGGUGACCCUACACUACGUGAAGGCCUCGCCGUGCAUACGUAUCUCGCGAAUACGAGCAUGGGCCGCAGAGCAGCCGUGAAUUCGGAUGGUGACUGGCUUAUUGUGCCGCAGCAGGGAGCGUUGGAUAUCCAGACGGAGUUUGGCAAAUUGUUUGUGCAGCCGGGCGAGAUUUGCGUGAUUCAGAGGGGUCAGAGGUUCAAGGUGGGAUUGCCGGAUGGGCAGACUAGGGGGUAUAUCCUUGAAAUCUGGGGCUCAAAUUUCCAACUCCCCGAACUCGGUCCCCUCGGUGCGAAUGGUCUUGCCAACGCCCGGGACUUCCUGCACCCCGUUGCUCACUAUGAAAUUGAGCAAGCUCCUUGGGAGAUUAUCUACAAGCUCAGCGGCAAGUUCUUCAAGAGCACGCAGAACCACUCCCCCUUCGACGUCGUUGCUUGGCAUGGCAAUUACGUGCCGUACAAGUACGACCUAACCAAGUUUGUCAAUGUCGGCAGUAUCAGCGUCGACCAUAUUGAUCCGAGCAUUUUCUGCGUGUUGACGGCGCCAUCGAGGGAUCCAAGUUCGCCACUGGCGGACUUCUUGAUCUUUUCGCCGAGGUGGGAUGUUGCUAGCCACACCUACCGUCCCCCCUACUACCACCGCAACGCGGCCUCUGAACUCAUGGGCCUCAUCUACGGUGAAUACGCCGGCCGCAGCGACUCCUUCCAACCGGGAGGCGUGAGCUACGAAUGCGGUUUCGUGCCCCACGGUGUCGCUUACGAGGAGUUCAAGGCAGCCAGCGCACAGCCUCCCCCCGAGAUGAGGAUCUCUGAGGGCGCGGUCGCGUUCAUGUUUGAGAGCUCUAGGAUGUUUACGAUUACGGAUUGGGCGUGGAAGAGCGAGAAGAGACAUGAGCACGAGCCGUCGAUGUGGGACAACCUCGUCGAUAACUUCUCUCAGCAUAAAGACGAAGUCGACAGCAUCCUGGCGGAAGGAGUGAAGAAAUUGAAUGUAUGAGAUGCCGGGGAGUACUUCGGUGACCAGGCAGACCCAAACCGAUUGAAGCAUGAAGGAGAUCGAAGCCUGUAUGAGAGAGAAGAAUAAACCUUAGAAUCAGUUAUACUUUCAAGGAGCGCACAUAUAUAUCUCUUGAGGCC